AUGGGAAAACAGAAAGAUCCCAUCAAAGUGAAAAUACACAGCGGCAGAAGGGUCCAGAACAGUUCAAAACUCACGAAGGAGCAGCGAGUAGCACACAUACUCUUAAAGGAAGGGAUAGACUACGUCGAGAAUGGAAAAUUAGAAACAAUAAGAAAUGAUGAGUACCUGAGGACGAUGCUUUUUGAUUAUGCUAAUCAGGACAGAUGGGAGGACGAUGAGGAAAGGCACCUCAAAUUGGUGCGACUUCAUCACAGCAGCAGUGAGAGAGCUACAUGUCGGACAAAUGGAGAGUCCACUUCCUGCAAAGAGGUACACCUCAAACGGAAGGAGGGAAACAGAACGAAGGUGUGUAUUCCCCCUCAUAAACACAACAAGGGUAAUCAAGGAGAGGGGAAAAUAAAUGGCAUUGCAAUCACUCCAACUGUAAGAACCCACAAUGAAAUGAUUUUUAAACGACGCUUUAUCGACAAGCGAACAAUAAGUAAAAUGAAGAAAGUGAGUAAGAAGACGCCUUAUGGUUACCAUCGGCGGGGAAAACUUCCACUCAAGUUGGAAAAGAGAACCAUAUCUGAGAUGAAUCGAAGAGGAGGCGGUAGUGGGUCACCCCAAAACAGGAGUCGACACAGCUUCUCCAAUGAACCUGCAGAUGGAGCGCUAAUGAAGACCACUUGGUACUCACAAUGUCGGGAGAAGUUCAUCCAGGUGGGAAGAAAAUCGGAGGAUCUCAAGCCAAGUAAACGAAGAACCCAUUUUUCUCCCUUCCAAAAAGGGACAAUAGCUACCCAUAAGGAAGGACCUCUCCCCAUUGGAGAAAUGAACAACCAAUUUGUAAAAAUUCACUUUAACGAGUUCAAUUCCAUCGGUAUGGCUAGAGAAGAUCUGCUUACCUCCAUCGGCGUAGACAGUCUCCUUACUGCCAACACACGAAAGUCAUUCUCCUGCGCGCAUAGCGUUUCGACGCCCUUUUACGGCACUGGUUUUCUCCCCUGUGCUGAACUGGACCACCAGGGAAAUUGUCCGGAUAAUGCGGUGACGCAGGGCUACGGCAGAGAAGGGGGGGAAAGCCCAUUGGGGGAAAGGCAAACGGGUGGAUUGUUAUCAAGGAAGAAUAAAAUAAAGGAGGACUUCACGAGUAAAGAAAAGGAGAGAAGGAAACUCUCCAGAGAACCACACCGAGACGGAGCCAAUCACAGGGACCGCCCCCCCUGCUCGAACGCGACCCCCCCAAAGGACGGAAUGUGCCACAAGGUAGACGCGCUCUUCUGCAGAUCCAGAGACAGAGACCUCUUCAACGAGCGCAAUAACGAAAUAAUGGUGAAGGGGCAAGGCGAAGAGCAUCAGCGAGGACGAGGCGCUUCGAUCAGAGAAGAGGUCGCGAUGGAGGGGCCCAACAUGGACGUAUCCUUUGACAGCGAUUUGAAGGGCGUCCCAAUUGUCGUCCCCGACUUGAAGGCCCACGCUUUCCAGGCGGGCACGGUGCUGAGCAAGGGGAACUCUGGGGGGAGGCAGCACCGGCGCGGCGCCAGGAGGGAGCAGCAGAUGCAGGGGAUGGAGAAGAAGAUGCAAAAAGGGAAGCAAGCGGAGCAGAUGAAGCAGACGGAGCAAACGAAGCAGAUGAAGCAGACGGAGCAAACGAAGCAGAUGAAGCAGACGGAGCAAACGAAGCAGACGACGCAACUGCACGUGGGAGAGGCGGGUCAGACGGAUCGGCCGAACCAGGAGAAAUCCACCGACAACGUGGACAAAACGAAGGCAAAGCUAGACCAACUAACAGACAUGGAGAACCGUCGCGACAUGGAAAACGCUUACGUGAAGUACAUUUACAAACGAGACCAAUCAGAGGAGGCCCCCGCAGAGAAGCCAGACCGAUAUGUCACUUUUGGAAGCGAAGAAAAUGAUACAGUGAACAUUGCAGAUAUAUCAGACAAAAGAAAAAACACAAGAAGAACGUACAGAGACCAGAUAAGCAGUGGAAUCAAUCUAAGACACGCACAAGUUGAAAGAAAUAUCCACGGAUUUGGGGAAACAUUAAAAUACAUGAAGUACAGAGAGCUGCUGAGGAAGUAUAUGGGGACCUUCUACAACUACAGCUCAGUGAAAUGCGCAACGUACAUCAUCCUGUAUGCCAUAAUAGUAAAAAUAAUAACACAAGUAUCGAAGAAUUUAACCACAUCCAGUGGUGGUCUUCCUAGUGAGAAAUCAAAUGAAUACAAUGUUCUUUGGUACAGUGAUUCGAAUUUAUUUCUUAACGUGCACGAUGUGGAUGGGAUCAUUCAAUCCGUUUGCUAUGUGGCUCUGCUGAUCUGUAUCGUCCUCUUGUUAAAGUUGGGCAUCCCAUCGAAUUAUUUGCUGGUGGGGAGACUAACCAUUCUAUUUAUGUUCCUCUUCUUUGCUCAAAUCCCAAUUAUGAUUUACGCCAAUUUUAUGACUCUGAAAAAGGAGCAAGGGAUUGCCAAGGAACAAGCGAAAACGUUCGAUAAGAAGGACUACUUCAAUCUGCAUAUGCAGAGAGUCUACGACGUCUUUUACCUCGACACGCUGAACUUACUAGUGUACACCAUUCUACUAAGUUUCGUUUCUUUGUAUGCCACUUAUCAUAAGCUGAUUUAUCCCCAUUUGCUGAAAUUUUACCUCGACACAAUUUUUUUGAGCUCCUACACCAUAAUUAAGAAAGAAGUCAUUCAGUUCAGAGUGCCAAACAACAUCGAUGCGUAUUACCUCAAUCAGAUGAAUAGCUACCUGUUUAAUUCGCUUUAUAAAAAACAGGAGGAUCUGACGCAGGAUGAUUUGGAGAGUAAUACGAGGAGUGCCAUUGGAUACAACAUUGUCAUUAAGAAGGAACGCUGCUCCUGGUUUAUGUGUCUCUUCGGAUGGAAUGGGUCCGACUCGGCGUUGAACCAGGAGGGGCGCCACGGCAAGGGGGGCGCCAACGGCAGAAGUGCUCAACGCGGGAGAGGUGCUGCAACAAGACCAAAUGCUCCAACCGAUGGAAGCUUUAGGCCUACCUGUGGGUUGAGACGGCCCGCCCAGUCGAACGCGCGCACCAAGUUGAAUCUAAAUUUCUAUAUCAUCUUCUACAUCGGAGAGCUGGACGAGCAGGGAAGACCCCACGGGUUCGGCUACUGGCGGGGGAUCAACUUAGAGGGCGAAGUGCUCAUCGGAUACUGGUUCCACGGCAUCCCCGUCGGCCCCUUCAAGUGCCGCGACUUCAAGACGGGCUCGGGGUUCAUGUGCAUAAAGAUUGGCUACGGGCGGACUAACUGCGAGCCGAACGACUUGGACAUAGGUCUAGCCGACACCGAGUGCUGCGUCAGCGGAGCCUUCUACAGGACCUUCCCCAGAGUGGUAUUAUACGACCUCAAUUUAACGACCCCCCACUUCAGAAGCAAAAAAAAUGAUCAAGGCAAACACGGAAUUAUGGAAAAGAGGGAGUGCUGCGAGUAUCUGCACAUCAGCAGAGCCAGCAACGAUAUUCUGCGCGUAGACUACGCCAAGCUUCUACAACACAAUGAGGAUGAUCGAGAAGGAGAAGCUGACACCGUCAGGAAAGACAUCAGGCCAGGUGAGCAGCAAGCAUUUGACCGCCAUAGCCACCUCGAUGAGAACAAUUAUGAGGGACUAAGCAGUAGCAGAAUAAUGGGAAGAAUAGGAAGAACAGGAAGGAGAGGAAUAAAAGCAACAAAAGGAACAAAAGGAACAGAAGGAACAGACGGAACAGGCGAAAGAAGGUUUAUCAGUCCCUCCAGCAAAGAGGAACAUAGAAAGAGAUCCAUCUGCAGAUCCACCAUGACGUACGAUGAGAUCCUCCCCUCCAUCGUUAAGAAUGAAUCAUUCCUAAAAGGGGAGUUACUAAAUUAUCAUGACAUUUGCAACCUGAGUUACGAUUUUAAGGAUUUGACUCUGGAUAAUGAAACGCAUUCCGUGGUGAAUAAGAAGCUGGAGGCAAGCUAUGAUCUGGCGGAAGAGGAGGAGAAGAAGAAGAAGAACGACGACGACGACGAAGAAGAGGAAGCGGAAGAGCAGUGGAGAGUUAGACAGCGCGCCCCUGAUGAGCCCUCCGCCUUUCCGGAGAGAUAUCUCCCUCGGGAUUCACCACCAGUAUCGCCCUCGUCGUUUUCGUCUUCGCUAUUUUUUCCGUCUUGUCCCUCUUUGCCUCACUCCUCUUCUUCACACUCUUCAUCCGAUCCAUCCUCUUCACCAACUUCAUCUUCUUCGUCGCCUUCUUCCACCCCCCCUUGCGCCUCUUUCGACGCGAAGGAAAUCCCAACCCUGUUGGACGAAGGAGAGACACACGUCACCGAUGUCGAGAACCCCCCGCGUGCUGAAAUGGGUGCAACCAAAUUGAGCCAAGGGAGGCACUGUGGGCAUAGAGCCGGAACACCAGUUGACUAUGUCAGCCAGGGAAGGGACCACACACGGGUACACAAAAAGGAGAAGCAUAGGAGGAGAAAAAAAAUAUUGCCAAGUGGAAAAAUGGAGAAGGGUAGAGAAAGUAAGGAGGAGGACGCCCACACCUCGGAAGAGGAGAAACUGUCUCGAAGGUGGAACAAUCGCGCUGGGAAUGAUAGCUUCCGUGAGUGCGAAUUGGGGAAAGGGGAUCAGAAGUCAAGUUUGGAGCUGCAGGCGGGAGGGAAAAAGACACGGGGGGGUAUCCAUAAGAGGGAGCAUAAAACCAUGCGGCUGCACAUGGGCGAUGUCGGGAAAAGGAACAAAGUGGGACACAUCCAUGUGGAGAAGCGGAAGGAAGUGAUGAACUCCGUGGCACCCCCCGUAGAGACAGGAAGCCCAGACGCGGCCAAGGAAGGAGAUGCAAUCAGGGAAGGAGGUGCAACGAAAGAAGCAGACGAGACCAAAGAAGGAGAUUCAACCAAAGAAGCAGACGCCACCAAAGAAAGAGACCCGAGCCAACCCAACGGAGAGACCAACAUGAAGAGGAAAAUCAAAAGGCGCAUCGGCUACAGCAUGACGAACACCAUACUGCACCUGAGAAAAUUCAAACACUUGAAUAUAAAAAAAAAAAAGAAAAAAAAAAACAUACAAACAAGAGAAAAAGCAAAAGAAAAGGAAAAAAUAAACGAAAAAGAAAGAACCCAAACCCAUAAUAAAGACAAAACCAAAACAAAUAUGAAGAAAAGGAACUCGGGAGGAAGAAAGACGUUCCUACCCAGGGCACUCUCGGGAACUUUACCAAAAUUAAAAAUAAAAAAAAAAAAAAAAAAAAUCUUCUUUUCCGACACGAUAACGAAUGUGUACAAAACCAAAUGCAUGAACAUAAUUCUACAGAACUUAUGUCCACACAUGCCCAACUUUGGCAUCCUAUAUGACACCGACUUGCACAUAUCGAUUGAUGCGGAGAGGGGACUCUACAUCACUGGCUACAUUAACAAAAAAAAUUGCAACUUCAUACAUGAUAAGACGAAAAAAGACGAAUUCGAAGACAACACCGAGGUUAGGAUUAAAAUUAUAAAGAGGAAGAACACACUUAACUAUAAGGAAGGCACAAACAGAAGGGUCUACUCCUGGACGGACAACAUCAAGGAGCUCAGUUUAGACGGAUGGGUAAAAUGUGAACUAGCCGGGUGCCUAGAGGCCGUAAUUUUUAUCCAUGGCUACAACACCAGUCACCUGGAGGCGCUGCAGAUCCUGGGACAGAUGGCCUCCUUUGGCAAUUUCCCCAAUUACAUCAAGCUCUUCCUGUUCAAUUGGCCCUCGGGGAAGAACUUCCUCGAGUUCUUCGUCGCUAAAGACAACUCCAAGAACAAGAAGGUGCACCACGCGUUCAAGUGCUUCCUGGACACGCUGCGGAGUAACGGAAUCCGCCACGUCCACAUCAUCACGCACAGCAUGGGGACGAGGAUGUUCCUGCUGGCCUUCCAUGACAUCGUGAAGAGCGACCUCUUCUCGACAGUCGACGAGAAGGAAACAGAGCAAAGCAACCUGACCAAGAUGAAGCUCAUCACCCUGACGAUGAUGAACCCAGAGUAUUAUCUAAGCGAUUUUGUAAACAAGGAAUACGUGUUCCUUCGCUCCUUCUGCACAGUCAUCUCUAUUUAUUGCGAUUCUAACGACAAGGCAUUGAAGUGGGCAGAAAUAUUCAGUGGAACCAAGUCCCUUGGAAAAAAUGUCUUCGAUUUAAACAUAUGGAAAGGCAAAUACUAUAAGAGAUCGAAUGAGAUGGGAAACUACGUCUUUGAUAGAAGCCAAUUGGAUUCCUUUUCCAUCCCAAUUGCGAAUAAAACGAACGACAGUGAUGACAGCUUUCAGGAACCAAAAUUAGUUUCCUCCUUCUUUGACUGUGAAAACUUCGACGUGUUAAAUGAGAAGAUGAGAAACAAAGAAAUGAUGACGACCCUUGUACAGAAACUGAAGAAGCUUUUUUAUUUUUUUUCUAAAAAGAGGAACAGUGCCGACUCGAAUGACUUGAAUGAGCAGACAUCCAUAGAGCAUGAUCAGGGGAAGUCAAAUAAGGACAUGGCUCACCACAACUUUGUUCACCAGCCACCUAUGUUUAGGAAUACACUCCUCGUUUUUACGGGAAUAGAACCCACUUACAGUUACAGAGAUAAUCGGUAUUGGCUAGAUGUGGAUGUCAUAGAUACCACUUGGUUAGGGUCAAAUGUACACACCUUGAGACAUUCCUACUGGUCGCUGAACAGAGAAAUUAUUGAAGACAUUCGUGAACUGAUUGUCACUAGGAAAAGGGCUCGGCAAAGAACUUCUAGACUGGACCGUCGAGAGGGCAACGUCUGGGUUUACAGAGUCGCCCCUUCUCACCUCAAGUCGAUAUUCGAUUCGGAAAUAUGA